ACUUUUAAUAUCUGAACCUAAUUUACCCUUAAGUGGAGCUUCUUUAGACGUAAAUGUAGGUUCAUUUAGUAAUCCAGACUAAUUAUAAGGGCUUGCACAUCUUUUAGAACAUAUGAUAUUUAUGGGAAGUCAAAAAUAUCAAGACGAAAACUUAUUUUUUGAUUUAGUAUCAAUAAAUGGAGGAUAAUCUAAUGCAUAUACAGACAGUGGAAACACAAAUUAUCAUUUUGAAAGCACAAAUAAUAAUUUUGAGUAACUCUUAGAUGUAUGGAGUAGAUUUUUCAUUGACCCUCUUUUAAAAGAAGAAUAACUAGAACGAGAAAUAUAAGCAGUAGAUUCUGAAUAUGUUAAUACUUUAACCAAUGAAUUUAAUAGAAUAUACGGCUUAUUAAAUUAUAUUAGUGAUAAAUAACAUCCUUUUAAUACUUUUAGUUAUGGAAAUAUCGAUUCUUUAAUGAAGAUUCCUAAAAAUACAUACUUUGCCCUUAGAGAGUUUCUUUAGAAAUAUUAUUUUUCUGAAAAUAUGACUUUGGUAGUAAAAGUAGAUUCUAUUUAUUUAAAUUCAACUAAAAAUAAAAUUGAAAAUCUUUUUUCACAAAUACCUUCUUUUUUAGAAAAAAGCAGAAAAUUCUAAUCUUCUUUUAAAUUCAAUAUCGUAUACUGAAUAAAUGCCCGUUUAAAAAGGCUCAUAUUUACAAUUAAAGGAAAAUUCUAAAACUAAUAAACUUCA